AUGGCUCCGGAGGUACUUCGAGGCGUGGUUCUAGACGCUAAAGACCUAAAGAUGGCCGACGUGUACUCGUUUGGCAUCAUCAUCGAGGAGAUCACCACCAGGAACUGGCCCUACGACAACAUCUUGCACGACCGCUGCGACGACGAAGCAAUCCAGGGAAUCCUGGAAAAACUGAAGAACGUUCAGAUUCCACCAUUUCGACCUCACGUGCCGCAGUAUCAGCUGGGAGAACAGUUUGUGGGUGAAAUCAUGCGACUGUGUUGGCAUGAACUUCCAUCAAGUAGACCCAUGUUUGAUAACAUUCUCGUCCUGCUCAGGAAGGUGAAAAAGGGAAGAAAUAAGAACAUCAUGGACCACGUGAUACACAUGAUGUCCAAGUAUUCGGACCACCUCGAGGAGAUGAUAGAGGAGAGAACCACAGAACUGGUGGAAGAGAAGAAGAGAUCUGAAGAAGUCUUUUGCUACCUUCUACCUAAAGCAGUAUCAGAGAUACUGAAAUCUGGAAAGACUGUUGAACCCGAAUCAUUUACGUGUGUCACUGUUUUCUUCUCUGACGUGAUCGGUUUUACCCAGAUUGCAGCAGAAAGUACACCACACCAGGUCGUGGGUUUCCUGAAUUCCCUGUACACGUUGUUUGACACGAUUAUCAACAAGUUUGAUGUCUACAAGUUGGAGACUAUCGGAGACACCUACAUGGUGGUCAGCGGUAUCCCAAUACGUAACGGAAUCCACCACGCUGGGGAGAUCUGCACUAUGGCUCUUCACCUUCUCAGUUCGGUGCUCAGUUUCAAGAUCGCACACAGACCAAACAAAAAGGUGGACCUCAGGAUUGGCAUCCAUAGUGGACCUGUGGUAGCCGGUGUUGUGGGACACAUGAUGCCGCGGUAUUGUCUGUUUGGUGAAACAGUCACCUAUGCGUCUUAUAUGGAAUCGUCCGGAUUUGGCCAGAAUGAUGCUGUUAUGGCAAAAACUUAA